AGUCAUUAGGUAUCCGGCUAGUUGGUGGAUCAGAAGUCCACGAGGGCAGAUUAGAAGUGUUCCACGAUGGAGAGUGGGGGACGGUGUGCGAUGACGGCUUUGAUAGGAGAGAUGGCAAUGUGGCGUGUCGUCAGCUGGGUUUCUCGGGUGUCGAGAAGUAUGAUGUCUACGCCUUUGACACAUAUGGAAAAAUGGUCAGCGCACCUAUUAUUCUGGAUGAUCUUCAAUGCACUGGAAACGAGUCACGAUUGCAAAACUGUACCCACAACGGAUUCGGUAAACAUAACUGUGGUCACGGUGAAGAUGUCUCUCUGACUUGUAUCAGCAAUAUACGUCUAAACGGAUCUGGGCCCUGCGAUAACUAUACACCACUAAAUGAGAGUUGGAGAAAUAUCGGACAAGUUAAUGAUGGUGAGCAGAACAAAUGUGACAGCGGCUUUGAGACGAAAUGGUACCGCUUCAUGGAACCUGCCGGAUUUUCCAUGCCCGAAGAAGCACCCCCUUCAAAAAACAGAUGUGGUACAGAUUGGCCGAUGUGGAUGGAUGGACAACAUCCGAACAUCACUGAGGGCACAGUAGUUCGCACUGUGUGUGCGUAUAGAGGCAAUGAAAGUUAUAACCGAUGUAGAUAUAGUCAGGACAUCGAGGUCAGGGCAUGCCGUGCCGGUUUUUUCGUGUACAAACUGCGGAGACCUCCGUAUGAUUAUUGUAACCUCGCCUACUGUGCAGAAACCAAAGACAUUGACGCCUGUGCUGUCUUCGAUCCGUGUGUUCAUGGCAGCUGUGUUGAUGGAAUCAACAACUUCACAUGCAACUGCCAUCAAGGAUAUGCCGGACAUCGCUGUGAUACUGACUUCAACGCCUGCUCGAUGUGCCACGAAAACGCCACAUGCAUAGACAACCCCGCCCCUGCACUUGACGCCAACUGUACCUGUAAAGCAGGAUACUUUGGAGACGGACUCGUUAACGGAACUGGAUGUACUGACAUCAAUGCCUGCGUGGCCAACCCGUGUCAUGCAAACGCCACCUGUACAGACAACCCCGCCCCUGCACUGGACGCCAGCUGCAGUUGUAACACUGGAUUGACAGGAGAUGGUCUGGCCAACGGGACAGGAUGUUCAGAUUUCGACGCCUGUGUUUUGGACCCCUGUCAUCCCCGGGCCACCUGUACAGACAACCCCGCCCCUGCACUGGACGCUAGCUGUACCUGUAAGGCUGGUUAUGGAGGAGAUGGUCUCCCGACAGGAGCCGGGUGUUGUCCAAUGACUACCAGUGGCGCUGGGUCCUCGGACAUCACUUGUUUACCUACACUUGCAUCGGUGAUCAUUGUGCUGUUUGCAUCUAAACUGCCAAUUUUUAAAUGA